AUGGCGGUGGCGGUGACGGUGGCGGUGGCGGUGGUAUUGGUGGUGGUGUUAAUAGUAGUAGUAGUGGUGGUGGUGUUGGUGGUGGUGGUGAACGGUGAGCGGUUGCGUUUAGCGGUGCAAAAACUGAGCAGCGUUCGGCAAAGCGCAAUCAAACAAACAACAACAGCAGCAGCAGCAACAACAACAACAACAAUUGCAGCGGCAGCAACAACGACAACAGCAGCGGUAGCAAAGCGCCGGCAGCAGCAGCAACGACCCACGACGCCAAUUAGCGGCAACGGCGGCGGCAGCAACAGCAGCAGUCGCAGCCGUAGCCGCAGCCGCAGUCGCAGCAGCAGCGCUAGCAGCAGCAGUUGCAGCAGCCGAAGCAGCAGCAACGACAACAACCACAACAGCCACAACAACAACAACAAUAACAAUAAUAAUAAUAAUCAUAAUAACAGUAAACUGAACAUGUCGAAAACAACAACUGCAGCCGCUGCCGCAGCAGCAGCAGCCCAAGCGGCAGCAACAUCGUCGGCAGCACAGCAGGCAGCGGUCGCAGCGGCAGCAGCAGCAGCUGCAGCGCAAGCAGCGGUAGCAGCCAACAGCAGCAGCAAUGCAGCCGAUUUCAGUGCAUUCGAUUUUAACGAUAGCUCCGAUAAUUCCGAUACGCCUUUAGUGCCACGCGCGCCUUUCUUGAGUCGCGCUGCUGCGGCGGCGGCGGCAGCGGCUGCAGCUGCAUUGAGCGCCAGCAGUGGCAGCAACAGCAACAGUAGUAGCAGUAGCAACCACAACAACAGCAACACCAACAAUAACAACAGCAGCAGCAGCAAUGUUGUUGUCAACAACAGCAACACCAAUAACAAUAAUAACAAUAAUAACAACAGCAACAGUAACAGCAACAACAACAACAGCAUUGCCAACGCGCGGCAUCGCAGCAGCAACAUGAACAACAAUAGCAAUGCCAGCAGUCGGAGCAGCAGCAGCUCACAAAGCAGCGACGACAGCAACCACGGCACAACGACAACAACAGCAAAAACAACCACAACAGCAGCAGCCGCAGCACAAGCCCAAGCAGCAGCAGCAGCAGUGGUUGCUGCCGCAGUGAAUGCGCUGCACAAUGGCAAGCAGCAGCAGCAGCAACAACAACAACAGCAGCAGCAACAUCAUUACAACAACGGCAGCAGCAGCAACAAGCAGCGUGAUCGCGACUUGGAUGACGAUGAAGAGGAAGAAGAACCGCUUGAGGAGGACGAGGAUGAUUACGAUGAUGAGGAUGACGAAGACGAGGAUGCCAUGGAUCACCACAACAACAACAACACCAGCAGCAACAACAACAACAACAAUAACAACAGUAGUAGCAACAACAACAACCUGAACAACAACAAUGUGGUUUCAUUGCCAGCCGAUCUGCGACAUGAGCAACAAGCGAACUACGACGACGACGAUGAUGAAGAUGAUGAGGACGAUGAUGACGACGAGGACGAUGACGAUGAUGUCGAUAGUCGGACAGCGUUGACAGCAACACAUUUGGGCAGCUCGGCUGCUGGCGAUAGCAGCGGCUUGCACAUGAGCAUUGCUGCGGCAGCGGCAUCGGCGGCGGUUGCUGCCGCAGCGGCAGCCAAAUUGAAUGCAGCCAAUGUGGCUGCUGCCGCACAGCUGGAGCAUCACAGCCAGAAUGCAACGACAUCGGUGCUGGACAUGGUGAGCAAUGCGGCAGCGGCUGCUGCUGCUGGCAUCGGCAACAUUGUUGUGGCGCCCAACAGUUUGAUUGGCGGUGGCAACGGCGGUGGUGUUGGUGGCAACAGCAACACCAGUUUCUCCACCAACAACAACAGCAGCAACCAUGCGCUGGGCAACGAACAAUUGUCGUCCCGUCACAGCAGCAAUUCGCAUCAGCAGCAACAACAACAGCAGCAGCAGCAACAACAACAGCACCAGCAACAACAUCAGCAGCAACAUCAUCAACAGCAACAACUCCAGCAGCAACAUCAGCAGCAACAACAUCAGCAAUCAAGCAACGCUGGCAGCGGCAGCGGCAGUGGCAGCGCUGCCAGCGAACGUCGCAAGUAUCGGCAUCAGAACUACAGCAAGAACAUCUACAUUGGCACCAAGAAUGCCGAGAAAUGGGAGCACAUGCGCACUCGAUUGCAGUUCAAGAACGACGUCGAGUUCGUUGCGUAUCUCCUCAAUCUGGCCGACAACGACACCGAUCGACUGAACAACCUGCCUCCGCCUUCGCCGGCGCACACGCCCACCAAGGGAUUCGAUGGCAACUUCAAGCUGGAGCCCAAUCUGAGUGUGAAGGACUUUGCGCCGCCUUCGUCGUCUGAGAAUGUCAAUCUCAAUCUCAAUGGCAACGGCAACGGCAGCCUGGAGUCUGUGGGCGGCGGCGUUGGAGGCGUGGCAACGCAACCGCAACGCAAACGCUACAAGAAGCGAGUGCAAUUCAACACGGAUGCGCUCAACGGCUACACGGGUGGCAAGGUGAAAGCGGCGGCCGCUGCUGCUGCGGCUGCUGCUGCUGUCUACAACAACAGUGGCUACAACAACAACAAUAACAACAACAACAGCAACAACAACAACUCAAGCAGCGGCAGCAGCAAGUCAAAGAAGCAGGAAGCAAAAGCAGCGGCAGCGGCACUUAAAGCGGCAGCAGCAGCCGCCGCAGUGGCAGCAGCAUCGACAGCGUUGCCCGAGGUCCUCGACUGUCGCAUUGCCGAGAAGAUCAAGAGCGAACUGGAGGCAAGUGGCGCUGGCAAAGAUUCGCUCCCCAAUGCACUGUGCCUCAAAAAGGCGGCGGCAGCAGCGGCCGCCGCAGCAGCAGCAGCCGCAGCGGCGCAACACAGCGACGAUGAGGACGACGACGAUGAUGAUGGCUCACAGCUGCAGCAAUCGCAAUCAUCGUCGCAGCAGCAGCAACAUCAUCAGCAUCACCAGCAACAUCAUCACCAGCAGCAGCAACAACAACAGCAGCAAUUGAGCCUGGGACAUGGCAGCGCAUCGCUGUUGGCAGCUGCUGCUGCUGCUGGUGGCGCCGAUCUUGUGGAUGCGGGCAGUGCCAGCAAUGGCCAGCUGGGCAAUUUCCAUGUGCGUUCCAAGAGCCAAGGCGGCAAGAACUCCAAGUCCGCCAAAGCAGCUGCAGCAGCGGCCGCAGCAGCAGCGGCAGCGGCAGCAAUGAUGCCGCCAAAUAGUUAUGAUGAGCCGGAAGAUGAUUCGGCAGCGGGCGGUGGGGAUGAUGAUGACGACGAUGACGAGGAGCUGGACGAGGAGGCGUUGGCACGUGAAAUGAAAAUGGAGCAAAACUUCGUGGAGGAGGAGGACGAACAUGAUAUCGCAUUCCGAUCGCAGCAAUCGUGUCGCGAAUGUUCCAUUUCGCAUGAUCACAAGCUGUGUCCGUUGCGCAAUGCCUGCGGCAAUGUGACGGAUGCCGUUGAUCUUGCGGAGUGGAUUGAACGACGCAAUCUCGAGGCGCUGGCCAAGCUCAAGGCGGAUGCACAGCGGCAGGCGAAGCAUGGCCGGCCACGGCACGAUGACGACGAGGAUGACAUGGAGGACAUGGACAUGGAUGAGUCGUCGCAGCUGUCGGAGCUGGAGACAAAGCCCCUGAUCACGUUCGCCGAGGCAUCGGUGCCCGCCGAAUUCGAGCUGCACAACGUGGAGCCGAAUGUCACUGGCGUCUUUGCCCGCACCGAGGUGCGAGCUUACACGAAGCUGGGGCCGCUCAUCGGACAGCCGGUGCAGACGGGCGAGGUGCGUGAGAGCAGCGACAUGAAGUGGAUCUUCGAGAUGUGCGAAGCGGGUGCGGAUAAAUCGUAUUUGCUCUGCUGCGACAAUCCGAAUGCGUCCAAUUGGCUGCGCUUCAUUCGACCGGCGCCGUGCUACGAGGAGCGCAACGUGAAUCUGGUUUCGAUCGAUCGACAGGCGUACUUUGUCAGCUGCCGGGAUCUGCGCAAUGGCAUGGAGUUGCUCUACUGGAGCGACGACUGCAACACAAUGUGGCGCAAAAAGCACACGGAGAAGACAAAUUGCGGCGGCUGCAAUUUGAAGUUCGAGCAUCCGCUGUACUAUCGCACCCACUGCUCAGUGUUCCACGAUCCAUCGAUGAGUCUGACCAUACGCAAGUAUCACUGCAAGGUGUGCGGCGAGGCGGUGCUGGGCAAGGACAAUAUCAUGAAGCAUGCGGCGGAGAAGCAUGAUGGGAAGGGAGCGUAUCAGUGUCAGUUCUGCAACAAGUUCUUUCUGCGCCUCAACUAUCUGGAGAUGCAUCGCACUUAUGGUUGUGCCUCGAAUCCGAAUCGAUCGCGGCCCGUUUGUGAUUUUUGUGGUCGCAAAUUUUGCCAGCCGCAAAAGUUGAAGGCGCACAUCAAACGCGUGCACAGCGGAUCGCGUGCGGCACUGCAGCGACACUCGAAGGAGGUGCACAGCCGCAACUCGACAGUGGUGAGCUGUCCCCGCUGCCAGAAACUCUUCCAGAACCGCAGCAAUCUGAAGAUACACAUGCUCACGCAUUCGGGUGUGCGACCCUUCAAGUGUGCGGAACCGGAAUGCAAUGCGGCGUUCACGACAAAGCAGUGCCUGCAAUUCCACUACAAGAAGGUGCACAACUACACCCAGGAACAGAUGCCAAAGAUAGAACGGAGUGUGGCAUACACCUUCGAUGCGUAUUCGGGUGGAAUGAAGGUUGACUUUUUGGAGCAAGCGCCGCGUCGCCGUCGCAAGAGUCUCGAGGAUCAGAAUCAAAACUCCAUGCUGAGCAGCUCGAUGCAAAGCGACACCGAGUACAGUGAUGACAACAUCUUUGAGGCGAUCAAGAAGAGCGGCAAAUCGAUCAAGGAUCUCUGUCGCAACGAGCCAAAUCUCUCGCUCCUCAGCUCCAAGAUCUCCAGCAUCUUUGGCGAUAAGGUGGCACAAGUGGCACAGCCCUCGGGCAAUGUGGCGGUGCCGGGACGCAAGCGUAAACGCAAACGCGAAACGGCAACAACCCUCGCUGCCCAGCAGCAACAUCAGCAGCAUCAGCACCAGCAGCAGCAGCAACAACAGCAACAUCAGCACCAGCAGCAGCAACAGCAGCAACAACAACAGCAGCAGCAACUGCAACAGCAGCAGCAACAACAGCAGCAGCAGCACGCCCAGCAAUGCCAUCAGCAACAGCAGCAGCAACAGCAACAACAACAGCAGUUGCAUGGCAGCCAUCUGGAUCAAUCGCCAUCGCAUCUGUCGCAUCAUCAGCAACAGCAACCGCAGUAUCACGCCCACGCCCACAGUCACAGUCACGCCCAUGCACACGCCCAUGCACACCAGCAACAGCAGCAGCAACAACAGCAGCAGCAACAGCAACAGGUGUCCGCCCAUCAUCAGCAGCAGCUGCACGAUGCCGACGAGGAGGAGGAGAAUGUGCGGCUGGAGCAAGUGCGUCGCAAGCAGAACGCACAGCUGAGCCUGGUCGAAUCCUUCCUCACGACAACCGCACAACGUUUGAGCGCCCAGCAGCAGGUGCAACAGGUGGUUGCCGCUGCCGCUGCGGUCUCUGCCAUGGCGGGCGCAGGCGAAGAUCCGGCCAAGCUGGGUCACAUGAUGGGGCACAUGGGUGGCGUGGGUCUAGACGACGACGAUGAUGAUGAUGAGGACGAUGAUGAGGCGACGGCACAUCAUCAUCACCAGCAGCAACAGCACCAACAACAGCAGCAGCAGCAACAACAGCAGCAGCAGCAACACCAACAGCAGCAGCAACAGCAACAGCAGCAACAACAUCACUCACAUCAAACGCAUCCGCAUCCACAUCACGCCCAUUCCCAUGCGCAUCAGCACGCCCAACAAUCGGCGCAACAAACGCACGCCGAUGCCAGCUAUCGACACGCUGCCGUGGCGAUGAAUGCGGCCCUUGGGCAAAAUCUCGUGGUUAGCAAGGGCAGCAAAAAGUGGAUCGGUGCCGAUGAUCGGCAUCUGAGCGAUGGCAGCGAGGUGGCCAACGAUGCCAGCGUCUCGGGUGCCGGUGGCCCCGGUUGCGGUCAGCUCUCGAGUGGCGCCAGCUCUGGUCAGGAUCUCGGUUUCGCUGUCCCGCCCAGCGCCGUCGAUGUGGAGCACAGCAAGCUGCUUGGCCAGAAUCGCGACUUCCUCGCCCGUCUCAUGAGCAGUGCGAGUGCCAGUCAUGCCAGCCACCAGCAUCAGCAUAGCGCGCACAGUCGCGAGGAGGAUGAGAAUAGCUCCUUUCUCGAUGUCGUCGAGUCCAACAACAAUGCAGCUGCUGCCGCUGCAGCCGCUGCCGCCGCCGCUGCCAUGUCACAGUAUCAGCAUAGUGCUGCUGCUGGCAAUGGUGGCGCUGGCAGCGGCGGUGGCGGAGGUGGUGGUGGUCCGGGCAGCGCCGGUGGCCCCGUUGGCGAUGGUCCGCUAACGCCGACGGGCGGUGGAACGGCGCCGAGCAGCGUGGAGCCGCCACAGAUGCAGAUGAACUCGCUCAGCCACUCGCAGUCGUUCAUGAGCUCGUUCUACAACAAUGCGAACGCAAGACUGAGCGGCGCCGGCGCGAGCGUUGGCGUUGGCGCCAACUCCUCAUCGGCCAGCAUGCUGGUGGAGGCGGCCCUCAACUCCGUUGGCAAUAUGAUUGACAGCGAGAGCAGCGAUCUAAAGGUACCCACCGAGAACCACAUCAACAGCGACAGUCCGAUGAGCGCGCACGUCGAUGCGGAGGCGCAACGCUUCGGCAGCGGCGGCGGCAGCGGAGCGAACGGUCCGGGCAUUGGCACGACGAUGGACAACCUGGAGAACGAGCUGAAGAUGAUGAAGAAUCUGGGCAGUUUUCCGAUGCAAAUACCGCCGCUGCCCAUGUUCCAAGGCGCCUGCAACAUAUCGCCGAGUGCAUCGACGCCAACGAAUCCGCAGAGUAACCAGAAUCAGAACGAUGUCGAUGUGGAUGCGGGCAGCACGCCGCGUCCUCAGCAUCCUGAUUCCGAUGGCUUCUCAUCGUCGCAUCAUCGCACGCCGCCUUCACCGCCGCCCAUAUCGCCGGGUCGCGACUAUGGUGGCAUGUUUGGAGCCGGCAAUGGAGCUGGCGGUGGUCCCGGCUCCAAUAGCACGCCAGCGGGCAGCUCAAGUGGCGGCGGCGGCGGUGGCACCACAGCUGGUGGCAACAAUCUGUCAGCAUCGUCGCCGUUGCCGGCGUUGCAGCCACAGCGACGCAAUGCGUCCAGCGUGGGCAGCACAUAUCCGGAGCAUGAGCUCAUCUCGCCCGCAUCGUCGCCGAGCAUACCACGCUACAACUUCAAUGGCGACAUGAUGCGUCACAAGCGUGCCGUCCAGGAGCAGGAGCAGCAGGAGCGACGCCACAACAUCUCGCGGCACAAUCAGAUGUCCAGCGACGAGGAGAACAGCAUCAUGCCGCAGAACAGUGCUGGUCAGGACAUGCGCAUGAAGUUCCCGCAAUCGCAGAUCGAUCUCAUGUACUCCAAGUACGAGAGCAUGGCCAGCAAUCUGAAGUACAACAGCCAGGACCUGGACUCACCCGCCGAGUACCGCCAAAGCAGCAACAGCAAUGCAGCGAGUGCGGCAGCAGCAGCGGCUGCAGCAGCCAGCGCUGCGAAUGAUAUGUCCGAUCUGCAGGGCUUGGACAUGAGUUCGCGAUCGAAUGCAUCGAGCAAUUAUCAUCACAAUUUCCAGCUACCGAGCAGUCGCUACCAUCACCAUAUCUACGAUAUAUUGUCGGAUCGCGAGCAGAGCCAACAGUCGCAGGCCCAACAGCAAUCGGCGGCCUCGGUGGUGCAUCAACAGGAGCAUGGCAGUCAUGGUGGCCACAGCAGUCAGCUGGCAAUGCAGCAGCAUCAGUCGGCGGCAAUGCAUAAUAUGUUGAGCGAACAGUUGGGCGAACAGGAGCACGAUCAGACGACAUCGGUGGAUCUGAGUCGAACGGCCAAUUAUGUGGUAUCAUCGCCACCGCAAUUGCCGUACAAUCAUCCGCAUCAUGAUAUGCUGCGCAUGGCAUCGUUGGAUCUGACACCGAAUACCGCCAACAUGGCGGUGGGCAACAAUCGCUCGUUUCUCUCGUCCCAGAUGCAGCACCAGAGUCGCGAGAGUCUCGAGCAUCAUCGUCUGCUCUCCACCGUUGAACAGCAUCGCAUUUUGGCCGCCUCGAAUGCAGCGGCCGCCGAUCCACAUCGGCUGCUCGUCGAUCCCACAGCGCAUUUGCUGAUGGAGCAGAACAAUCGAUUGCUGGGCACAGCGGAUCAAUCCCGGCUGCUUGGCGAAUCGGCGGCGGCGGCAGCGCAAAAUCGUCAUAUGGCCCGAAGUUUUGGUGCCUACCAUCAGGUGGCAUCGAGCAAUUAUCAUCCGGGUGUUAGGCCGCCACCGGUGUUGCCAUCAGCCAAUCAUCAUGCUUCCAAUCCGUCGAAUUAUCAUCCAUUUCCCGCCUACUACUAAUAGUAGGUGGCAUCGAAGCACCUCCCCAAACACUCCCACUGCACAGCUAGUCCAGGCUCAAUUCUAUACAGACCCAAUUCCAAAUGACAAACAAACUCGUAUAUCCUAGAUAUGCUAUUGUUGAACUUUUUGCGGGACUAAAGUGCAAUAUCAAUGAGUGACAAAGAGUGCUGGUCAGCAUCAGCAUCCCCCAGUUUAAUUACCUUAUACUAUUGUAUCCGAUAAGCAUUUUAAGUUAAUCAUUUUCAUCUUUUUUUUUAUAUGCAUAUUCAAUAUAUAUUAUAUAUAGUUCAAUUUGAAAGCGCAAAUAUGUUUUAAACGUAACAAAAAGUUUUGGUUCCUCGGUUCUUAUCGCAUGUACUACAAUACAUAUGUACUUAAUUCAACUAAGCCGCAAAUAAAUCGUCUUAAGCUAUGCAAAACAAAAAACAAACAAAAAAAAAAACAAAAUACGAAAAAACUACCCAAAAAUACCGACAACAAAAAAAUACCAAACACAUACCAACUUAUGCGAUGUCGCAUUACGUUCAGUUUCUCAACUAUUAUGCCUAAAUAUAUGUGAAAAUAUAAUAAAAUAUAAUAAAAAAAAAAAACAAAAAUGAGAAAAAUACCAUAAAGUGUGCCAAUAUGUUUAAGUGUAAAUUCAGUUUUUUUUUUCUCGCAAAAGCGCUGGCAAACUCUAUGAUUUUGUAACAAUAAUAACAAUAUGUAUAGUUGUAAAUGUAUAAAAUAAAAAUCUAAUAAUAACCAUUUCAAUAACAAUGCAAACUAAUAUGCAAAAAUGCUAUAAUUUUAAACAAUUUGCCGCUGAGUUUGUAUAAAAACACAAAUAAAGGAUUGUAUAAAUGAAUAAAUAACGAAAGCGAAAUUACAAUAACAUUGCUAUUUUUACACCAAAUAAUGCGAAAAUACCAAGAAAAAUUUAUAAACGAGUACAAAGUGUUGAGAAAAGAUGAGUGAAAAGGGCAUAUUUCAAUAAAACGACACAAAAAUGUAACAUCCAUUUGGCUAUAUCCAACUACAAAUCCCCAAAAACAAAAUAAGGCCCCAUACAAGCUCAGCGAUAAAGAAAAAAAAAACGGAAAGGAAACGACAGAAAAUGUAAUGAAAAUACCAGUAUCUAAUAUA